UUUAAUUUUAUUAUCGUAAAAAAUCAGGAUUAUGUUGGGUUUAUGCUGAUUGAUUAUCGAUUUGGGUUUACUCCGUGUUAAUUUGAUUGAAUUCCGUAUCAAUUACCUCGGAGGAAUACGGCUAUGGCGACGGUGAAAUCAAUCGAGAACGCACUCAGCCUCGUCGACGCGAAGAAGGAGAGCUUGAAGAAAGCGUUUGAAGAGCUUCAAUCGCACUCCUCUUUGCUCGCAUCGUUCAAUUUAAAUUGGGAUGAUCUCGAUUCGUAUUUAACCUCCGUUCAAUCCGAAUUACUGACCAAAUUCGAUACCCUAAAAGCCCUCGAAUCGUCAUCCCUAAUACAGAAGUCCAGAAUCGGAAAGCAAAAGGAAUCGCCGUCGUCGGAAUCGGUUCCCGCUCGACCCGAGCUGAAGUCCAUGUGCGAGAAAAUGGACGGGUCGGGUUUGUGCAAGUACGUGAUGGAGCGUCCCAAGGAGAGGACGGCGAUUAGGGUUGAGUUGGCCGACGCGUUUAAGCACGCGCCGGACCCAGGGUUGUUGGUUCUGGAUGCCAUGGAGGGGUUUUGGGAUGGACAGGCGGGUUCUUCGAGGACGAAGGCGGCUUGCGUGGUGUUGCUGGAGGAGUUGAUGAGGGCUGGGGUGGAGAUCCGGCCGGAAGUUAAGGAGCGUGCGGCUGCCGCCGCAAAGGAGUGGAAGGAGAAGAUGGAGGCGGUGCAGGGUGGUGGUGAUGGUGAUGGUGGUGAGGAGGGAAGAGAGGAAGGGGGUUUGGAGAGGCUGGGUUAUUUACAUCUCUUGGCUACUUACAAACUGUUGGAUGACGUCGCGUACGAUGUGAACGUGCUGAUUGAUUACGUUGUUUUGGGCGGCAGAUAUCGACAAACUGUUGACUUGUGUCGGAUCCUCGGCCUCGAGAGUAAAGUUUCUGAUAUUGUACAGAAGCUUAUCAGUAAGGACAAACAACUUCUAGCUCUCAAGUUCAUUUUCGAGUUUGAGCUAACGAAUGAGUUCCCUCCAGUCCCCUUGUUGAAAGACUACGUGAUGUAUUCUAAGAGAAUUGCUCAGAAAAUUCGUAAGAGUGGGAAGAAUUCUCGUCAGUCUGUGAACGAGGCUGCAAUGAAAGAAAUUAGUUCACUGAGAUCGGUGAUUAAGUGCAUCGAGGACCACAAUCUGGAAUCUCAGUACCCAAAAGCCGAACUCGUGGCCCGUGUCGAGAAGUUGGAGAAAGAGAAGGCCGACCGGAAAAGACCAGCCGCCGCCCCUGUGCCAAAACCUCAGCAGCAGCAGCAGCCUCCGAAGCAAAACGCGAACAAGCGAAUGAGGGCAGCAGCUUUCAAAAGGAAACUUCCUUCUGCCGCCAAUUCAGUUGUUCCCCAAUCACAGACAUACGGCAUGGCAGGGCCGCUUGUCGCUGCCGCCCCACAAUACGUGGGCCCGUCUUCGGAGUUGUACGGGUUCUCGGGAGGCCCGAUGGGCUUUCACGGGAACAUGAACCCAUCUGCUGCUUCCAAUCCUUAUCCGCCGGAAACGCACGCGCAGCCUCUUGUUUAUUACGAUAAUAGGCCGAUGGGUGGUUACAGUGGGUAUGACGUGGCGUCUCAAUAUCAUCCGGCGUACUAUCCACAGUAAGAUUUGCUGCAUAUAUGCCUGAAUUUUGAAAUGUUCUUUUUUUCUUGUUCCGAUUACUGAAGUUUUGGCACAAUGACCAACUUCGGUUAAACGAACCAACGUUUAUGGUUCAGAGAUAUACUUAUGUUGAUCUUGUGAAAACCAGCUGGGAACACUUUUACAAAGUGUUCCUAAGAGGAAAUUUCAUUUUCCCUAUGCGCUUAUGUGUUUGAUUUUUAUUUUUUUUUAUUUUUUUUUAUUUGGCUGGAUUACACAUGCUAUGUCUGCACGAGAUGCAAACAGUGACACGUGUGCUGUAAUCAGCACUCGUUUUUUACCGAAUCCAUUGCAACACUCUAUAGUCUAUACCAGCUGAUAGGACAAUCAGUUUGUCCCUCCAGCCAAUAUGGUGUUACGGACAAUCACCCCCUAGUUUUAUCUUGUCUCCACCACUUUCUGAAACUAAUAGCCCGUUAGAACUCUAUCGUAAUAACUUAUGCAAUGGGUUAUACCGUUCGAGUUUCUAACAAUGUUUAAGGGUUAAUUGUAAUUACCGAUACCACAUAAAGGAACCUUAAAGUUAUUUAAGAAUACCUCGAGGGUGUAGGUGUAAUAAUUUACCCAUUGUUAUUUCUUGAAUAAUCAGUUAGUGUUGAGAUAGAAUGCUGUUUUGUUUUCUGCAAUUUGCAAUGUGAAAUGCAUGCAAAAACAAUUGAAACAAAAUAGCAAUAUUAAUUGUGUGAGAAGUGGGGGCAGGAUGGACAUUUUACUUGGGACUAAACUGUCAAAUGUUGCAUUAUUUAGGCAGUGGUCCCCUCCUAAGAGUUGCAGAAUUUAUCAUGACCAAUUGAGUGCUGUUUGGACUUUGGACUAUGCUCUAAUUUCUGUUAUGAUAAAUUCUGAAAAGAAAAAAAAAACAGAACUUUUGAUUCUCUUUAGAUUCGGCUUUGAUGGGAAUUAAGCUUUUUCUUCAACUGUCAAGGUUUAUAUGUUCCUGCUUAUUAAUUGUUGUCAUAAACUUAUUGGGCAAAUUACGAGAAGCCCCUUGAGGUAAAUGCCUAAUUAUGAAAAAAACUUCAAUGUUUGCAUAAUUACGAGCACCCCCUUGAGGUAUUCUCCGUAUAACGAGUUGGCCUGCAUAGAAUUCAUAAUAAUGGAAUUGGAUAGAUUCCAUUGAAUAUUCAUUUUUGUAUUGAUCAGAAUACCCUUAGGGCUUCAAUUGUAAAGUUUGUAAAACAAUUGUAUUUUUUCUUUAUAAUUUUAUUUAAAUACCUUUUUUUUUUU